AGUUCUCCCCACAGUAAAAGGUCUGUGUUUUCUGCUUUUCUGAAUGGUUGUGGUUUCAUACAUUGCUCAGGAAUUAGCGUCAAUUCAUAACUUAUUGCGAUCUGAUGUAUUUGCUUUGAGAAAGAACUUUUUCGCUCCGCUCUGGUUCAUAUUUGGUUGACAGUAAAAAACAAUUAACUUCAGUAAUCUUUAUUACCCGGUAUGAAAACUUAAUAAUUAUGAGUUCUGCCCCGUUAUUAUUUGCUUGUUCUCGAUGCUUUACUCGCCAUCCCUUCGAGGAAUUAUCUGCAGGUCAACAGCUUUGCAAAGAAUGUCGUGGUACUUUUCCAGUGGUGAAAUGCACAUAUUGUCGCUCAGAAUUUCAACAAACAUCGAAAGGUAGUACCAGCGCAAUUUGUAAGAAAUGUGAACAGAAUGUUAAAGCGUAUGGAAAACCCACUGCCUGCGAGUAUUGUAACAUAAUAGCAGCUUUCAUAGGUAAUAAAUGCCAGAGAUGCACAAAUUCAGAAAUUAAAUAUGGCCCUCCUGUGAAUUGCGAGCAGUGCAAGCAGAAGUGCGCAUUUGACCGACAUGAUGAUGACAAAAAGGUUGAUGGGAAAUUGUUAUGCUGGCUUUGUACCUUAUCAUUCAAAAGGGCACUGGCCAAAACUAAACAGGGGGAUGCAGAACGCAGAGCUACAUUAAAACGGACGCAAGGUCAUAAAAAGAAAGAUGGAAAAUUACGUAGUCACAGUAAACGACCCAACCGACCUGAGAUCAAACUGCCGAUUCCAGACGGGCAGCCUCCUGUUAAAAUGGCUAGAAAUAAUUCUGUACCUGGUGUGGUUGGAUCUGACUUAGAUCCCAAUAGUUCCGAUCAUGUUGUCGCCAUGACACAACUCAGAGAGCAAAUUGCUAGUUUGAAAAAGCAAAUUGUUCAGAAAGAUGCACAACUACUAGGCAAAGAUAAACAGAUUACUGAGUUGAAGGCGAAACAUUUUACAACCGAAUCAGAAUGGAGAGCUAAAAUGAAAACCAACCAAAAGGAACAUGACGAUAAAGUUGACAGCCUAAAUAAACGUGUUGCUGGCCUCUUGAAAGAAGUUGCGGGUCUUUCCAAGUCGGCCAAGAAAACCAACAAGAAUAUUACCAUUACAAAUUCAGAUGCAAAUAACAGCAGCGGAACGGACAGCCCCAGCGUACCAUAG